AUGAAGGUCAUUUACUGCGCCAUCGUCCCUGAAGGGAAGACAGUUGCAGCGGUAAUGGAGCCAUACGAGAGCAUCCACGCAGUAUUGGAGGUCGUCCAGCGCACGUUGCACUCUAGUGUUCCGACUGAGCAGAUGACCGCUUUCUUAGCCAGGAAACGUGACGGUCGGUGGCUGAUUAGUUUUGACGACCCGAAGCACUUCCUGGUGUGGGGCAGAGUUCCAGAGGCGGAUCGGCCGCUCAUGACCAGUGCCAACAUUUUGAAUCCGCACGCUGCAGUGGGCGAUGACGCUCUUGGCUUUCCGAACGACACAGUCCGUGAAAUCGGUGCCUAUUGUGACACUGCAGAAGAGCCCUGA